AUGGGCUCCUCUCCAUUCACAAUGAGGUCCGUCCUCGCAUUUUUCCUACUUGUGGUACAAAUUGCAACCGCCCUGAAAUUUGAUCUGCCCGCCCAAUCCGGCCACGGCGGCAAGAACGAGCGAUGCAUCCGCAACUUCGUCUCGAAGGACCAGUUGGUCGUGGUAACCGCUAUCGUCAGCGGUUCCAAGGGUGACGGCCAAGUCGUCAACAUGCACAUCAAGGAUUCUAUGGGCAAUGACCACGGUCGGCCUAAGGAUAUCGUUGGCGAAGUGCGUCAGGCUUUUACCUCGACCGCGGAUACUGCCUUCGACGUGUGCCUUGAGAACCAGCUUUUCGGCCGCAACGCUGUUAGCAAUCCAUCCCGCGAAAUCGAACUCGACGUUGAAAUCGGCGCCGACGCCCGAGACUGGUCCAGCAUCCAGGCCCAGGAGAAGCUCAAGCCCAUCGAAACCGACCUCCGCCGUAUCGAGGAGAUGGUCACCGAGAUUGUCAGCGAGAUGGACUACCUCCGCUCCCGUGAGCAGCGCCUGCGUGACACCAACGAGAGCACCAACGAGCGCGUGAAGUGGUUCGCCUUCGGCACCAUGGGUAUGCUGGUUGGUCUGGGUGCGUGGCAGGUUGUCUACCUGCGGGCUUAUUUCCGCUCCAAGCACCUUAUCUAA